ACCCGGACCACGCCCCCAGCCUCGGCCCCGCCCAAGUCGCGUGCUACAUCCUGACCCCGUCCCUGUCCCGUCCCCGUCCAGUUCCGUCCUCGCCGGGGCUCGCGAUAGCUACCAUGGCAGGGAGGCUGACCCGUUGCUGGAGUCCGAGUCUUCUGCAGGUCCUUCACUUCCCAGUAGUUCAGCUGCACAUGAGCAGAACAGCAAUGAGAGCCAGUGAGAAGGACUUUGAAAAUGCAAGCAAUCAAUUGAAACUCUUGACGAAGGAUCCAGGAAAUGAAGUGAAGCUAAAACUGUAUGCCCUGUAUAAGCAGGCCACUGAAGGACCUUGUAACACACCCAAACCAAGCAUGUUGGACUUCAUCAAUAAAGCCAAAUGGGAUGCAUGGAAUGCCCUUGGCAGUCUGCCCAAGGAAACUGCCAGGCAGAACUAUGUGGAUUUGGUGUCCAGUUUGAGUCCUUCGUCUGAGUCUUCUAGCCAAGUGAAGCCUGCAGCAGCCAACGAGAAACAACCGGGAUCUGAAAACAUCAUAGUGACCUCUCAAGAUGGCAUCACAAAGAUCAUGUUUAACCGGCCCACCAAAAAAAACGCCAUCACCACUUCGAUGUAUAAAGAAAUUAUUCAUGCACUCAAAGCUGCAAGCACGGAUAACUCAGCCAUAACUGUUAUUACAGGAAAUGGUGAUUAUUACAGUAGUGGGAAUGAUCUGACUAACUUCACAGAUGUUCCCCCCACUUCAAUAGAGGAGACAGCUAAAAAUGGUAGCAUUUUACUAAGGGAUUUUGUAGAUGCUUUUAUAGAUUUUCCUAAGCCUCUGGUUGCAGUGGUAAAUGGCCCAGCUGUGGGAAUCGUGGUCACCCUUCUCGGGCUAUUUGAUGUCGUGUAUGCAUCCGACAAAGCAACAUUUCACACUCCAUUUAGUGAACUUGGCCAAAGCCCAGAGGGAUGUGCCUCUUACACUUUUCCGAAGAUAAUGGGCCCCGCCAAGGCAGCUGAGAUGCUUAUUUUGGGGAGGAAGUUAACAGCAGGAGAGGCAUGUGCUCGAGGCCUCGUUACAGAAGUUUUUCCUGAAAGCACUUUCCAGAAAGAAGUUUGGACCAGGCUGAAAGCAUAUGCAAAACUCCCCACAAAUUCCUUGAGGAUUUCAAAGGAGUUGAUCAGAAGUAAUGAGAAAGAAAAGCUACAUGCCGUUAAUGCUGAAGAAUGCACUGUCCUCCAGGGAAGGUGGCUAUCAGAGGAAUGCAUGAAUGCUCUCAUGAACUUUGUAUCCAGAAAAUCAAAACUGUGACAACCACUUAGAGAAGAGUUAAGACCAUCAAAGGAAGGGUAUGCGGUUAGUGCUGAUUUUAACUAAAUAAACUUCACUGGGCCUUUUUCCAGUGCUAUAUGUCAAUUAUGAUGAGAAUAUUUUACUUACAGCCCUAAUGAAUAAAAACUUAUGAAACAA